AACCCGGACGGACCCCCUUCAUUUGCUCUCCCCCUAAAUUUUCUGGUCAAGCUCAAUCCUUUCUCUUGGGUCCCUCCCCCAAAACAAACACUCUUUUCAACUCCACCACCAUCUUUAACCCUGACCAACCUCAUCCCCAAAUCUUCCCAUUUUUUGUUCCCUAUAAAAUUUUGAUCACUUAAAUUGUUUUUUUUCCAAAUUUUUGGGGGUUAAAGAUGAGUUCGAGUUCCGAUUUGGUGGGUUUUGUUGAAUCGGUAUUGGGAGUGUCGUUAGAGGGUUCGGUAACGGAUUCUAUGAUAGUGGUCGCGACGACGUCGUUAGCGGUGAUUCUGGGGCUUUUGGUGUUUCUCUGGAAGAAAUCGGGUUCCGAACGGAGCCGUGAUGUCAAACCGUUGGUGGCACCUAAGCCUGUUUCACUCAAGGACGAGGAAGACGACGACGCCGUUAUCGCUGCCGGCAAAACUAAAGUUACCAUUUUCUACGGCACACAGACGGGAACGGCCGAGGGAUUUGCUAAGGCUUUAGCCGAAGAGAUCAAGGCAAGAUAUGAGAAAGCUGCUGUCAAAGUUGUUGACCUGGAUGAUUAUGCCAUGGAUGAUGAACAAUACGAAGAGAAGCUCAAAAAGGAGACUUUAGCUUUUUUCAUGGUGGCCACUUAUGGAGACGGGGAGCCAACCGAUAACGCUGCUAGGUUUUACAAAUGGUUUACUGAGGGAAAUGAAAGGCAGCCGUGGCUUCAACAACUCACAUAUGGUGUAUUUGGUCUGGGUAACCGUCAAUAUGAACAUUUUAAUAAGAUAGCAAAGGUGCUUGAUGAGCAACUUUCUGAACAAGGUGCUAAACGUCUUAUUGAAGUUGGUCUUGGAGAUGAUGAUCAAUGCAUUGAAGAUGAUUUUACCGCAUGGAGAGAACUGCUCUGGCCAGAGUUAGAUCAACUGCUUAGAGAUGAAGAUGAUGAAAAUGCUACCUCUACCCCGUAUACAGCAGCUAUUCCUGAAUAUAGAGUAGUGGUUCAUGAUCCUGCUGUGAUGUACGUAGAGGAGAAUUACUCAAAUAAGGCAAAUGGGAAUGCUACAUAUGACCUCCACCAUCCAUGCAGAGUUAAUGUUGCCGUUCAGAGAGAGCUCCACAAGCCUGAAUCUGAUCGCUCCUGUAUUCAUUUGGAGUUUGACAUAUCAGGGACUGGUAUCACAUAUGAAACCGGAGAUCACGUUGGUGUCUACGCGGAUAAUUGCGUUGAGACUGUUGAGGAAGCUGCAAGAUUGUUGGGUCAACCUCUGGAUUUGCUAUUUUCUAUACACACUGACAACGAGGACGGCACAUCUGCUGGAAGCUCAUUGCCGCCACCUUUUGCCAGUCCAUGUACACUGCGAAUGGCAUUGGCACGAUAUGCAGAUCUUUUAAACCCUCCACGGAAGGCUGCUUUGAUUGCCUUGGCUGCUCAUGCCACUGAACCCAGUGAAGCAGAAAAGCUUAAGUUCUUAUCGUCACCACAGGGGAAGGAUGAGUACUCACAAUGGGUUGUUGCAAGUCAGAGAAGUCUUCUUGAGGUUAUGGCUGAGUUCCCAUCAGCAAAACCUCCUCUUGGUGUAUUUUUUGCUGCAGUAGCUCCUCGUUUACAGCCUCGUUAUUAUUCUAUCUCAUCCUCCCUAGGUUGGUUACUUUCGAGCAGGUUUGUACCUGCCAGGGUUCAUGUAACCUGCGCUUUAGUUUAUGGUCCAACUCCAACUGGAAGAAUUCACCGGGGUGUGUGCUCAACAUGGAUGAAGAAUGCAGUUCCUUUAGAGAAAAGCAAAGAUUGUAGCUGGGCUCCUAUUUUUAUUCGGCAAUCCAAUUUUAAGCUACCAGCAGAUCCUUCAGUUCCAAUCAUCAUGGUUGGACCCGGGACUGGAUUGGCACCUUUCAGAGGUUUUCUACAGGAAAGAUUGGUCCUCAAAGAAGAUGGUGCAGAACUUGGCUCUUCUCUACUCUUUUUUGGAUGUAGGAAUCGACGAAUGGAUUUCAUUUAUGAGGAUGAGCUUAAUAACUUUGUGGAACAAGGUGCCCUUUCUGAUCUUCUUGUUGCAUUUUCACGAGAAGGUCCACAGAAGGAAUAUGUUCAACACAAAAUGAUGGAUAAAGCUGCAGAUAUAUGGAACCUAAUUUCUAAGGGUGGAUAUCUUUAUGUUUGCGGUGAUGCCAAGGGUAUGGCAAGAGAUGUUCAUCGCACUUUGCACACUAUUAUUCAGGAGCAGGAAAAUGUGGAUUCAUCAAAGGCGGAGUCUAUGGUGAAGAAACUCCAGAUGGACGGACGAUACCUUAGAGACGUGUGGUGAUGGGUAUAAUUUCUUGUAGCGUUCUUUCACCAGUUCAUCUCAGAGAAAAAACGGUUGGGUUUGAUAGUGAUAGCAGAAAGCUAAACUGGUUUUUCAUAUUGGGAGAAGAUCUACUAGAUGUUAGAUCUUUUUUUUUUUUUUCUAUAUAAAUUUUCUAAAUCUUGAUCCUCUAAAUAGAAGGAUCAAUUGUUUUUAGACUUUGCCCCGCCAUUGGAAGUUGUAAUAGGGAACAGUGUGAUAUAGCUAGUUUACAAGCAUGUGAAAAACAUAUUUAAAGAACUUCUUGUAGGUUACAAUAUUUUGGAUUGUCAGCAUCAUUCUACUCUUUGUACUGACAGAUAAAUAAAUUUGUACAAUAAAACUGGAUUUACGUCA